AUGCGGGACCAGUUGCCAUUUAGGCGAGAUUUCGCCGCUGAUACUUCGUCCAUCAACGGCAUUCAAUGGUCCUACCCCAUUAGGGGAGUGAGAAACAAACACAUCCUUGAGGAGGUUUUGAGAGAAAUGAACUAUGGUACUGACAUCAAAGCCAGAACUUCAUUUCUUGCAGCAAUGGAUAUUGUGCGUCACAGUUCUAGUAAACAAUUACUAGACCUUCUACAAAAUGGUGGAAUGACUGCCCUAAAGAACCUUCUGAGUAACGCUCACCUUCUCAGGAGAGGAUGGAAUUCGCUGGGGCCUGGACUCGAAAUUUUUGAAGGCUUGCUCUCUGUAAAUAAUACUAUACGUUUGUACCUACUUCGAUAUUGGGAAAUGAUUUUGCGUCCCGUUAAAAAGCACUUUAUGGAAUUCGAACGCGUUUAUGGAUUCGCAUUUUUGGAGACAGAUAUGUUUUAUACAAAUUGCUGUGGUUACAGGAAUUUUCAACAAAAAGGCCCCAAUUCAGAAACGUACAAAAGUAUUCGUGACCACCUUUAUCGACUUUGGCCCCAAGGAAUGAAAAAUGCCCUCCGAAGAAUUCCUAACCCAGACAUUAUGCUUUUUUCUGAGUACCUUAGAACAUUAGAGAUUUUAUUCACCACAGCUGUUGAUGCUAACUCAAAAUCAAUCAACAAACUAUUUUCGAUUAACAAACGUCUCGAACCGUUUCACAAGACCAUUAAGGAAUUGGACAUUAAUGUUCACGUGACUAAGAGUGAUGUAUUAUUCGGUCCCCGGUUAGCGAAUGCCAGACCUGAGGAUUACGCAGAAUCCCCACCUCCUCCUUCCUAUUUGCAAGAGGCUUUUGCUGACGAUGAUCACACUAUUGGUGAAUCGACUGAACUAGAACUCGACGUAAAUGGAAAGAAUGAGGAGAGAGAAGAGGAGAGGGAAAAUUACGAUGCUCGCGAAGGGGUUGAUACUGGGAGAUGUCUAAGCAGUAUCCUUCGUGAUUCUUCAAAAUCGAAAACCACCUUGGCAAAAGCGAUCACGCGUACUUUUUGCGAACAAAUUGAGGAAGUACAACCUGUGUCCCAAGAAAACAAAGCUUUAAUUCCAACCCGUUCAGUAGUAUUUUUAGCCAACAAAUACCCUCUAUACUUUCCACCCGGUAGACCUGUGCUUGAUCCUGAAGGUGAACUGGAAAACACUGCUCAGCAGAUUGUGGCGGAUGUACUUCGAGAGGCUCCUCUGGAGAUCGACAGCGUGAGUGAGGAAACCCUUGUGGAAGACCCGAAAUCAAAUAACGUUCAACUAAUAAAGAAGGCAAAUCUGUCAGUGGACGGAUUUCGAGUCAGUUAUAUUGAUUCGUAUUAUGCACCCAGUUCAGAAAAGUUCAUCGAAGGACUCAUGACCCAGAGCAAACCGUGGGACUCGGGUGUCAUGCCCAAUACAGCAUCCGAAGGCAGUAGCCUCAGUUUCUCGGAAGGCCAAAUUCCUGAUAACUUCAUCUCAGACGCUUACGUACCCACCUCGUCAGUUAGUGCGUCCACAGAGGAUACAACGAAAUCGAUUCAUUCAUUGGUGGAGACAGUAUUGUCAAAAGCCAUGGAAUCACGGACUUCUGAUAGCACUGAUGUUUUACGGCAGGAGACAAAAGACACAACUGAAAGCCGACAGUCAAGGACUUUAAGUACUGGUGCUCAGGGUAAAGCCAUUGCGACCCCCGGCUUGUUUGAUUAUGAAGAAAGAACGCCGGCUCACUCGCAGUCGACAGGAAGCCUGGCCAAACUAACAGUGGAAGAUGCAUUUUCAGGGUUACCUGAAUCUCAUUCGAUUUUCGAAAAUAGGAUGCAAGACAAUUCUACUCACGGUUCCGCGAAAAAUUCAGACGAUCCAGUGAGUGGACCUGAAACAUCAAGAACCUUUUCCAACUUUGGUUCAACUGCUAGUCUGCUUUCUUUUCCCAUGUACUCAAUCGAAAGUCUAUCAAAAUUGAUAGUGGAAGAGGUGCUUUUGGAAAUCUCGAAGCAGUGGAUCUCACCUACUGGGAGUCCAAAUAUGGGGACGAUGAAGCAGUCUACAAGCAUCAUGUCCUCGGGGAUUUCUAGAUCAAAAAGUGAGUCAGAAGGAGAGAAACAAGAAGGAAAUAGAGAUAUUUUCAAGGAUUCAUCGUCCUUCAGAAUAGGCAAAAAAAAGCCACCUUCUUUAAAUCAAUCCACUGCAGAAAGUGUGAAAUCUUCUGGAAGUCUUGAGAGAUCCACAGUACAAUUCAAACCUGCUGAAGGAAGACCAUCAGGUAGUAGUGGAAAUGAGAGAGUAAAAAGUCGCAUAGAUACUGCCACAGGUAACUCGGAUUCUAUCGAAAACUUAACCAAACGGGUUAUUCGGGAGGUCUUGACAGGCAUUGCGACAAUGAAGGAGUUUUCCGCACCCUCUAAAAUGCAUGACUCCCUGAACAUAACCUCGACCAAUUCAAAAAGGGGCUUGUUUGUUAUCAAUUCAGCUUCAAAAUCCACCAGCUAUCAAACAGAAUCCUCCGCUAGAAAUUCACCUUCUGUAACCCCACCGGAUGUCGAUUCUGGUAACAUGUCUUUUGUUAUAACUGACAAAGGCAUGACGAAUUCGCGUGAACUAGUCACGAGGAGUAAUCUGAAGGCUCUUCCAGAAAUUUUCGGCGACAAUGGUGAUUUGCAAAGAAAGACUAAUAAACUUGGUGUAGCGGCAUCAAUUAAGGGCAAAGAUGUUCAGGGGUAUGGACAAAGUGGUCAGGAUUCUCUAGAUCUUCAAAACGUAGCUACUGAUAUUGUGAAUAAAGCGUUGCAGGGUGUCUACAUUUAUAAAUCACAAGAUGAAAAGGCGAAUGGAAUUCACGAACGAAAGUCUGAUCAUGGAGAACCAGGUUGCAUCAUCUCUGGAGAGCGGGGGACUCCGUCGUCCGGUUUUGCACCACCCCAGUCAAUAGUUAAUAAAUUUACGGGCAGCGUUCCAAUGCGUUUCCAUAUGUCAAGUGAUGUCCACCGCACAAAAAGUACUGACAAAAAUUUGUACAUUCGCAGAGACAAUAAAGACAAAACAUCACCCAAGCCAGUCAGUGUUCAGGAAGCCACUACUUCGUGUCAGAUCCUGGACGGCAUGUUCACGAAGAUGGCCGAAAAGCUCUCGUCCCGGCUUGAUUCGAUGGAGGAAAGCGAAUCUGAAAAAAUAAAUAAGCAGGCCCUGUACGUGGUGCAGCGUGUGCUCUCUAACCUGGCCAUCUGCGCGUCAACGUUAUCGGCACAGGGUGAAACAGCUGUAAGUUCGCCUGACCCCAGUGCAAUGGAUAGACGUGCAGAUAUCAUCAUCGAACGGGCUCUCUCUGACUCUAUGGUCCGCGAAUCCUUCUCCAGGAACUCAAGCAGCAUCAAAAACAGGGCCAGGCAUAUAGUGAACAUAAUCGUGGAUGGUGCACUGAAAGAGUUGUCAGGAGAUCAGAACAACAACAACAACAGCAGUGCCUGUCAGAAGGCAUUUGAACUGGAUGACAACCGCGCUAUCCCUGUCAUCCGGAGACCCCGUGGAAUUUCCCUUGCUCAAGCUAUAAGAACCGGACGUUUAAUAUUGUAA